AUGAUGCGUCAUCUUCCCGAUGGCAUAGUGACGCUAGUCACGGACAACGGAGCUGUUUCGGAGGCAUUCGCAGUGACCAACGGAGUGACGCAGGGCCGUGUUCUCGCGCCUACGUUCUUCAGUCUCAUGUCCUCUGCCAUGCUGAUGGACCAAGUCCGUCGCUGCACGGACACUCUUAAGAUCUCCCUGAAUCGUCUGCAGAUCAACCCAGCCAAUCGGGAAGACCUCGCCCGAGACCGGCCGACCAAGAGUCGGGCACUGACGACAGGCGCAGCGAUCUAG